GCAGGCGCGGUGGUCCCCCACGGGCUUGCGCGCGCAGCUGCUGCGGCACAACCUUCUGGAAGCUCAUUGCAGUGGCUUCGGUGCUGGCUGCGGUUGGUGGUGCAGUUUCUGCAAGACUGUAAACGGAAUUCUGGAACCUUGAUAUUUUGCUGUGUAUAGUGCCUGUUGGUGGACGGUACUGAUAAUCAGCUAGAGUCUGAAAGGGACUGGAUCCUGCUCCUGUUACACAGCGCAAGCUGUAGUGCCCUUGAACAAGAUGACAGCCAUCUCACCAGACUCUCAAACUCUGGCCUCGAGUGAAGAAAACAAGGUCCUAGGAAUGGUUACUUCUGGGGAUCAAGAAGCUAUGUUAAGAGGAGACACUGCUGACCUAGAGUCUUUCAGACAGAGGUUCAGGUCAUUUUGUUACUCAGAAGUAGCGGGACCCAGGAAAGCUCUGAAUCAACUCUGGGAGCUCUGCAUUCAGUGGCUGAGACCAGACAUCCACACAAAGGAACAGAUUUUAGAGCUUUUGGUGUUUGAGCAAUUCCUGACCAUUUUGCCAGGGGAGAUCAGGAUUUGGGUAAAGUCACAACGUCCUAAGAGUAGUGAGGAGGUGGUGACCCUAAUAGAAGAUUUGACCCAAAUGCUUGAAGGAAAAGAAGAUCCAGACUCUGAAGAUUCUGCCAUCUCCCAAGAGGAGAUCUUGGAAGAAGAUAAAAUGGUUGCUGUUCGCUCGAAUACUGAGUCUCAUGAAACUAUAACAUUCAAGGAUGUGACUGUGAACUUUUCCAGAGGAGAAUGGAGGAAGCUGGAGCCUUUUCAAAAGGAUCUGUACAAGGAAGUGUUACUGGAAAACUUCAGAAACCUAGAAUUUCUCGGCUUUCCAGUUUCCAAAUUAGAUUUGGUUUCCCGGCUAAAAUGGGUUGACUUGCCAUGGUUGCUGGAAAAAGAAGUAUCAAAAGGCUCCAGACCAGAGUGUGAACCUAGAGGUGAUGUUCUUAUGGAGGAAGCAACUUUAGAUAAAAUAAUAGAAAGAUGCCUCAGGGAUGAUGAUUAUGGCUUGUUGGAAGAAUUCCGGAAAUAUUAUGGCAGAUCAGAGGAGGAUCACCGCAAUCAGAGAUAUUCAAAAGGAAAAGUCACACAAAAGAAAACCCGUGGGAAAGGCAGGAAGGGUGAGAAAUUUGAUCCAGAAAAGAGUCCCUUUGGAAGUAAUUUAAAAGAAACAUCAGACAUAAUUAAAUAUCUGAGAGUCUACUUAAAGAAGAAAUCUCGGAGGCAUAAUGAAAGCAAGAAACCCUUCAGUUUUCAUUCAGACCUUAUCGUGAACCGCAAAGACAAAACCCCUGGAGAAAAGUCACGUAAAUGUAACGAAGGUGGAAAAGUCUUAAGUCACUCUUCCUCUCUUACUGAACAUCAGAAGCGCCAGAAGAUUCUUUUAGCGAAUAAGACCCAGAAGUGCAGUAAGUGCGGGAUAACCUUUAUUCAAAGAUCAUCCAUUUCUAGGAGGAAAAUCCCUACAUGUGAGAAAUGUUGGAAAGAAUCACGUCAGGCGGCAGCCUUACGUAAAAAUGAGGGAACUGAGACUGGAGAAAAGACUCAUAAAUGUAGUAAAUGUGGAAAAGCCUUUGGCUACAGUGCCUCACUCACCAAACAUCGGCGAAUUCACACUGGAGAGAAACCAUAUAUGUGUAAUGAAUGUGGAAAAGCUUUCAGUGACAGUUCAUCACUCACGCCACAUCAUAGAACUCAUAGUGGAGAGAAACCCUUCAAAUGUGAUGAUUGUGGAAAAGAUUUCACCCUGAGUGCUCAUCUCAUUAAACAUCAGAGAAUUCACACGGGAGAAAAACCUUAUAAAUGUAACGACUGCGGGAGACCAUUUAGUGACAGUUCAUCUCUUAUUCAACAUCAGCGAAUUCAUACUGGAGAAAAACCCUAUACAUGUAACGAUUGUGGAAAAUCCUUCAGUCAUAGCUCAUCCCUUUCUAAACAUCAAAGAAUUCAUACUGGAGAGAAACCUUAUAAAUGUGGUGAGUGUGGAAAAGCCUUUAGACAGAAUUCUUGCCUUACCCGCCAUCAGAGAAUUCACACUGGAGAAAAACCGUAUUUGUGUAAUGAUUGUGGGAUGACUUUCAGCCAUUUUACAUCUGUCAUUUAUCAUCAGAGACUUCAUUCGGGAGAAAAGCCCUACAAAUGUAACCAGUGUGAGAAAGCCUUUCCUACUCAUUCGCUCCUUAGUCGUCAUCAGAGAAUUCAUACUGGUGUGAAGCCUUAUAAGUGUAAAGAAUGUGGUAAAUCCUUUAGUCAGAGUUCAUCUCUUAACGAACAUCACCGGAUUCAUACUGGAGAGAAACCCUAUGAAUGUAACUAUUGUGGAGCCACAUUUAGCCGAAGCUCAAUCCUUGUAGAACACCUAAAAAUUCACACCGGAAGGAGGGAAUAUGAAUGUAAUGAAUGUGACAAAAUAUUUAAAAGUAAUUCAGGUCUCAUCAGACAUCGGGGAUUUCACUCUGCAGAGUAAUUCUGGGAAUAUUGUAUGGUGGGGGGGGAAUUUAGUUUAAACGGUCAGUUACUGAUGUCCUGAAAUAUACACUACUUUUAAUGUUGGUCAGUAGCUGCAACUUUGAUAAGUUGGCAGCUAGGAAAAAUAUUCUUUUUCCCAUUCCCCAUUCUUUUCAAGGUUAUCAGCUGCUGGUAAAUAGUAAUUAGUUGGUAAAGUCAUGUGGAACGUGAAGAAAGUAGUAGGAGAUAUAAAAUGAUUCCAAAAGGCCAAGCUCAAAAUUGAAAAGCUACUUUCUUCAGAGGAUUUCCCUCUCUUCUGCCUUCCCUACAUAGUAUGAUGGAAAGAACUUGACUGCAGUCAGAUAACCUAGAUUCUGUCCCAGUUGACCAACCAACUUGGUAUAUAGCCAUGGACAAGUCAUUUGACCUUUUUGAAUUUUAGUUUCUUCACCAGGAGAAUGAAGGGCUGGGACUGAUGAUUUCUAAGUUCUUUGUUUUUGCUUUUGGUAUCCCCGAUAAUCUUUGAAGCUGUGAAAAUAAGUUAUUUUUGAUUUAU